UAUGGGCUGAGUGUCAUUUCCCCUCUGUCACAUAGCAAAGACGCCCGCAGCCCCUUGUAACCGUCUCAGGCCUAGGGCCUCUCCUGAGCUCCAUGACAGGCCACCCAAUUAGGCCGACCCUUAAGGCAUCCUGGGCCCACGCCAGUCAACAGACCCUCAUAGUGUGACCUCUGACCCCCGGCGUUCAUCUUGGAGCCAGCCCCUGGUGUGGGCUGAGGGGGCGGCCAUGGAGCUAGGGAGCUGCUUCAAGACCUACGAGGACUUCAAGGAGUGUUUCAGCGCCUACAAAAAGGAGAACAGGUGCUCCUUCGUUCUCAGGGACUGCGUCUCCGUCCGCUUCCACAACCUCAACCACGGCACCUCCAUCCGCGAGGACAUCCUAUAUGUGCAGGUGAAAUUUGUCUGUAUUCGGACCCAGUCAAACAGGAAGAGAGCACCAGAGGUGGACAUGUGCCCAGCAUACUUGCUCCUGCGGUAUAAUGAGAAACUGGAUAGACUAUUUAUCAGUGAACUCAACACCCAGCAUAUACAUGUUGACUCUAAAACUGCGUGUCCUGGAGGAGACACCACUGGCAAAUCGCAAAAGACAAUGUGCCUGCAGAAACCCCAGCCUGCACAGCCUACAGGCAAGAAAGACCUUGACACAGCUGAGAAGUCCCCAGUUGAACCAGCAUUUUGCUUAGAUAAGGUCCAAGCACCCUCAAAACCAGAACAGGAGGGUAUCACUCCUUCUGACCUGGCCAAGAUAGCAAAAGUGAUGAAGAACUUUCUUAAGGGGGAUGAAGGUUCCAUGGCCUCCUUCAGUGUAGGCAACAGCCAAGACUUGGACCGGCUCAGCUUCCAGAGCAGCAAGAUGAGCAACCUGUUCAUCCGCUUCCCAGAGAAUCUCUUGCUGCACCGGGUGGAGAACGCUCAGGGCCACAUCCUCUACGCUUUCUUGGUGGAGAACAAGGAACGAGAGUGUCGAGUGGUACACUUUGCUGUGCUCAAGGCCGAGACAGCCACCUCUGUGGCCAAGAUGUUGAGUAUCUUCACAGAGUUCAACUCAGAUUGGCCCAAGGUCAAGGUAGUCUUUGUGGACCCGUCCUUUCCUCAUCGAGCCAUCCUUCAGGAGAUCUUCCCUGCUGCCCGCAUCCUCCUUUCCAUCUACCAUACAGCCCAACUCUUGGAGAAGAAGUUGCAUCGUAGUUCAGUAAAUCCGUCCUUUAAAAGGCUCAUGAAGGAAGCCCUGCGGGAGGCUGUGUUUCUCACUUCUGAUGCCAGCCUGCAAAAUCUCUGUCAGAUGUCCCAAGCCCUUCUAGAUGAGGAGCUUUUCAGCUUCCUGCAGGCCCACUGGUUCUCCUGUGAACUGCUGUGGUACAUGCACGUCAGGAAGGGCCUGCACGCGUGUAACACCUACAUGGACAGUCUAGACGUCGUCACUAGCAAGGUGUCAAGCCUCUUUCGGGAACAGCAGUCCCUGCUGGACUGCAUCCUCCGCUUUGUGGAUUACAUAGACUUCUUUAAUACGAAAGGCUUGAAGAACUUGCCCACGGCUCCUCCCAAGUUAAAGAGAGCCCGGCCAGCAAGCAUGCCACCAAAGUCCAAGAAGGCUUUUGGAAUUUGUGGAGGGAGCCUCACCAGGCUCCUUGUGGAUGAGAGAAAGCCAGACUCACAGCAGUUGCAGCCCCAGCCGCAGGUGCAGCCCUCCCAGGGUGGCAUGCUAGACACCUUGCACCAGAGUGGCUCCAAACUGGCCUAUGAGCUGUGCCACAAUGAGUGGGAGGUGGUGCAGAACUCCACCCACCUAGUGGACGUGGCCGGCUCCUCAGUGGACGUUCAGCUGCUAGAGGACUCUCACCAAGUUAGCAAAGAUGGCUGUAGCUGUAGCUGUUCCUUUCAGCAGUGGUACCACCUGCCGUGCCGGCACAUUUUGGCCCUGCUGCACACCAGCCAGAAGCCUGUGGGUGAAGCCAUGGUGUGCCGUCAGUGGCAGAAGAGGUACCAGCACCUCCUCGGGCCCAGUGGGGAACUGCGGGAGCCUGUUGUGGUCCCAAACCCAGGCCAACCUGGGAAGCAAGGACGGAAUGACAUGAUUCAUGACCUAAGAAGGGAGCUAGCAAACCUGCUAAUGCAGAGUGAGGGGCCCGAGCUGGAGGAGCGCUGUUCUACCCUGCGCAAGAUUGUGGACAUCUGGGCUGACCCCUGCCAGCAGCCUGAGCCCAGUCACCAGCCAGGGAACUUCAAGGAUGUGGGCCGCCUCCCUUUUCUUUGGGGAAAGCAGGAGGAAGGGGAGAGACUCCUUCCUGCUAGAGCCACGAUUCAUGAUUAAAACACUUGCACUGGCACACUGGACCACAAACCCCUCUCCUUGGAAGUCUGAGAGCUCAAAAUGGGCAGGGGUCUGCAUUUUAACCAAUGUCUUCCUAGGUAGGGCUAGGAAGAUUGUUACAAUAGGAAGAAGAGGAACCCCACUGUGUGACAGUCAUUUGAAUCUGCCCCUUUUCUGCCCUACCUUUGGCAUUCCCCGGGAGCCUCAUUCCUUGUUCAAGGCCAAAGUUAUCUCCAUCCUGAAAGGUCAUCCCUCUUUCUCUCCGACCCCUGAGAUCAGAUCUUAUUCUCUUUACAGAGAUGAACCCUUGCCCCAGGAUAGGGUUAGACAAAAUGAACCUGCUAAAAGGGCCUGUUUUUGGAGACAAAGGGAAGGAGGGUGAUCCUUGGCUGUUGCUGCUCUUUACAAAGAAUCUGUUAUUUGUACCUAUUUUUAUUCAUAUUAAAUAAAGGUUUUUGUAAUAAAAUCACACAAG